AUGCUUCAAAGCAACAAGAAGGCUGCCGAGUACAAGACUUUUGAGCCCGCGCCCCGCGUGAACCCACUCGACGACGCCAACGUCGUCUCGCGCCUGGCGUUCGCCUGGACCAAGCCACUGCUUCGGCUCGGAAACGUGCGCCAGCUUGCGUCCAGCGACCUCUGGCAGCUCCAAGGCGCCAACAAGGUCGAGCCGCUCACGGCGCAUUUUGAAAACGUCUACGCGCGCAAGAACAAGGGUCUUCUCUCGUCCUUCUUUGCGAUCUACUGGGGCCGCUUCGCAUGCAUCGGCUUCAUGCAGCUCUUCACCGUGCUCGCCGACUUGUACGGCCCGGGCUACGUCCUCGGCGAGAUCAUUCGCGCCGUCGAAGCACCCGUUCUUGACACGACGUAUGUCCUCCAACUCAUCGGGUCGCUCUACCUCGUGCAAGUGACGGCCGCGUUCAUCCGGGGCCACAUGACGUACCUCAACGACGUCAUUGGCAUCCAGUUCUCAUCGGUGCUGCGCUCGAUGCUCUUCAAGAAGGCUUUGCGCUUGGACGCAUCUUCCAAGAAGGAGAAGACAGCGGGCGAUAUUGCCAACCUCUUCUCGAUCGACACCAUCAACGUCAUGAGCUUUGCGACAAGCAUCCACUCGAUGUGGGUCGUGCCGCUUCAAAUCGGAAUUGUGUUGCAUCUUCUCUACGCGAUCGUGGGCUGGGCCAUCUUUGUCGGUCUCGGCGUUGUCGUUCUCAUCAUGGUCGUCAACGGCGUCGUCGCCGGUCUCAUGGGCGCCGAGCAAGAACGCUGCUUCAAGCUCAAGGAUGACCGCAUGAAGGUCAUCAACGAGGUCUUUGGCGCGAUCCAGAUCAUCAAGUUCAACGCGUGGGAGGAAAAGUUCCUCGCCAAGAUCCGCCAGCUGCGUCUCGUUGAAUUCGCCUCGGCCAAGAAGCUCGUGCGGAUCAUCGUCGUCCUCAUCUCGUUCAUGAACUGCACGCCGAUCUUUGUCACCGUCGUCGUCUUUGCAACGUUUACGCUCUGGAUGCAGCAGGCUUUGACCGUCACGAUCGUCUUUUCGACGCUGGCGCUCUUCAAGUCGCUCCAAGACGCCCUUGUGAACCUACCGAUGGUGGUCUCGUCCAUGGUCCAAUCGCUUGUCUCUGCCAAGCGCAUCAACGAUGUGCUCAACAUGUCCGAGUGCGAUCCAACCAACGUCUCGACGCCGUCCGACCCGAUCGCCGCCGUCUACGCCAAGGACCAGGUCGUCCUCGCCAUCGACAAUGCCUCGUUCACGUGGGACACGACCACGACGCCCACCUUCACCAACGUCAACCUCCGUGUCACGCGCGGCGAGCUCGUCGUGCUGCAUGGCGCGGUCGGCCAAGGCAAGUCGUCGCUCUGCUCGGCGCUCCUCGGCGAGAUGCAAAAGCUCUCCGGCUCGGUCUUUGUCGGCGGCCAAGUGGCCUACUUUGCGCAGCAGGCGUGGAUCCAAAACACGACGAUCCGCGAAAACAUCCUCUUUGGCCAGCCGUACGACCGCACCAAGUACCAGAAGGUCCUCGACGCGUGUGCGCUGCAGAGCGAUCUCGCGUCGUUGCCGGCCAGCGACCGCACGGAGAUUGGCCAGAAGGGCAUCAACCUCAGCGGCGGCCAGAAAGCGCGCAUCGCCCUCGCCCGCGCGUGCUACAGCGACGCCGACAUCUUCAUUUUGGACUCGCCCUUGUCGGCUGUCGACGCGAUCGUGGCCAGCGAGAUCUUUACCAAGUGUUUCCUCGGCCUCUUGGCCAAGAAGACGGUGCUGCUCGUGACGCACAACCCCGAGAUCAUCGAGUCGGUCGCCCGGACGCUGCUCGUGCAAGACGGUCAGCUCAUCGAGUCGACGCACGACUCGCCGCGCACACGUCAAGAAGCGACACCGGCGGUGACGCCACUCAAGGCCCGUACGCCGUACUGGGAAGAGGCGGAGGUCGUCGAGUACCCGGCGCCGGGGCCGCGCCAUGAGAUGCUGGUGACGCCGUCGCUGCGCACGCCAUACAGCUACAACGCGCGCGAGAUGCUGUACACGCCGCGCGAGCCGGUCGCGGGCCAGUCGUUUGAAGAGUCGGGCCGUCUCAUCGCCGACGAAGAGCGCGCCGAAGGGCGUGUUUCCAAGAAAGUCGUCUACGGCUACGUCCGGAGCAUCGGUGGUGCCCCGGCGGUGGCGGCGAUCGUCGUCUUGACGUUUUUGACGCAAGUGCUCAAGGUCGGCAGUGACUUUUGGCUCACGUACUGGUCCAACAACGUCCAGCAGCGAGCAAACGCAACGGUGUCUGUCGACAGCAACAUGGACAUCUACGCGGGCCUCGCUCUCGGCAGCUGCCUCAUGGUGGCAGCGCAGACGUACCUCGUCGUGGAGCUUGGUCUCGUCGGGUCCCAGCGUAUGUUUGACGGGAUGCUCCGCAGCCUCUUGGAGGCGCCAAUGCGCUUCUUCGACACCAACCCGAUCGGGCGCGUCCUGAACCGGUUUGGUGACGACAUCAUGGCGGCUGACUUUGGCAUUCCGCUGACCCUGGGCCCCAUGUUGUUUGAAGUCUCGUCGACGCUUGCCACGCUCGUGACGACGGUCGUGCUCAUGCGCUGGCUCGGCGUCUUGGUGCUGCCGCUGCUCGCUGUGUACCUCUACCUUGGCGCGUUCUUCUUGGGCCCGCUCCGUGAAGUGAACCGAAUUAUCAAGACGACGCGGUCGCCGCUCAUUAGCUCCGUCUCGGAAGGCAUUGACGGCUCGACGACGAUCCGCGCGUUUGGCGACAAGCAGCUCCGCCGCUUCUACCGGCUCAACACGCAAAAGAUCGAGACGUUUUGUGAGGCCCGCGUGGUCUACACUGCGAUCAACGUGUGGUUCUCGCUGCGCAUGUCGCUCCUCGGUAGCACCAUCGUGGUCCUUAUCCUUCUGGCGCUCGUCUUCCUGCACGAGUCGCUGAGCCCGGGUAUUGUCGGCCUCUUGAUCACGUACGGUCUCUCGAUUCCGGGCACGCUUGCCUUGCUCGUCGGCCUCUGGUCCCAGCUCGAGACGUCCAUGAUCGCACCCGAGCGCAUCCAAGAGUACAUUGCGAUCGAGUCCGAGGGCGCCCGCGUCACUACCGUCGCCGCCGCCAACUGGCCCACGACCGGUGCUGUCACCUUUGAUGCCGUCAGCUUCCGCUACAAGCCCAACGACCCGCUCGUGCUCAAGAACGUCUCGUUUGCUAUUGCUGGUGGCGAGAAGAUUGGUAUCGUUGGCCGCACGGGGGCCGGGAAAAGCAGCCUCAUGAUGGCGCUCUUCCGCAUGAACGACGUGGCGUCCGGGUCCAUUUCCAUCGACGGCGUCGACAUUGCAGCCGUCGGUCUCCGUACGCUGCGCAGCCACCUCGCCAUCAUUCCGCAAAACCCCGUCCUCUUCAAGGGCACGCUGCGCAACUACUUGGAUCCGUUCGACGAGUACGACGACGCGUCGCUCUGGGACGUGCUCCAAAAGCACGACGAGAAGCUCCUCGGCCCCGUGGACGAAAACGGCGAGAACUUUAGCGUCGGCGAGCGUCAAAUGCUGUGCAUGGCCCGCGCCCUCCUUCGGCAAGCCAAGGUCGUCGUGCUGGACGAAGCGACGGCGGCCAUCGACCACGCGACGGACAAGGUGCUGCAGGGCGUGAUCCGGACCGAGUUUGCGACCUCGACGGUGCUCACGAUCGCGCACCGCUUGGACACGGUCUUGGACUGCGACCGGAUCCUCGUGUUUGACCAGGGCGCGUUGGCGCAGAGCGGGACGCCGCAGGCGCUCGUGGCUGCGGGCGACGGCAUCUUCUUUGAGCUCGUCCACGAAGGCGGCUACAUGGACAAGAUGACUGUUCACCGCACCGACGAGGCGUGA